AUGGAUGAGGUGCACAGCCCAGGCGAGAUUGCUUCCUUGGUCCGGCUGGCGGAGCACCUAGAAGGUGCCUACGAGAAGGAUGACUCUCCGGAGCUCGCAGAAGCCAUGGACUUUUUCAUCGAGGCACACUCCCAGCGCUACGUUUUCAGGGACACACGCUAUGGGGCCAUGGAUCGCUACGUCCAGCUCUUUCGCCGCUUGCAAGAGGAGCUUCGGCAGAUCAUAUGUUCGCAGCACAAGGAGAAGAAGGGGCGGGUGUUCACUUUGAGGAUACUGCAGUGCUUGCGGUUACUCACGCGCGAUCCCGACUUCCAGCUUGCGCUGCUUGAAAAGGGGUGGAAGAAGUCGGCUUUCGAGGAGACGGAGCUUCCCAUGCAAAGCACGCAAGAGCGUGGUCGUGAGCUGCCGACGCCGGUGCCACCAGCCUGCUACCGGGUGAUGGCACCAGAUCUUCCGGGGCUGCCACCACCGAGCCUUCGUUCAGGAGCCUGUGCAUCUCCUCGAACCAGGUGGAGGAGCCCUGAGCCCAUGAAGAGGUCUCCCUCUGCGGAAGUUCUGGAAGAGGUCGCAUGCACAGGGCCGGGCUACCUGGCAGAUGUUCAAGCUGAGCGCGAGCGUUUCCGGCUCCCUCCAUUGGAAAUGAGGAGUGAGAGAAGCCAAAAGUCUGCAUACGCCCUUUCCAGCAGCCGUGCCCCAGAAGUACUGAGGAUUUUGCCGGAGCUUGUGUCGGAAUACCUUGCAGAGGUGGAAGGCGGCUUUGGACAAGGAAUACAGUUCUACGAAGCCUCUACCAGUGGGAUCGCCAACAGGCUUGCCGUCACCGUGGCUGGCCUCUGCGUCUCUGAAAUCGCUGGCAUGCUCAAUCGCUAUGCGAGCACAGAGGACAGGCGGAGCCGACUGGCAGAGAUGGGUGUGCGGAUUCCCGGUUUUGUGCGUGUCUGGGGCUUGUGUUGCUGA